GUGUGCUGUACGCAGGGCUGAUGUUGACCAAACAGGGACCCAAAGUCCUCGAGUUCAACUGCCGCUUCGGAGACCCCGAGUGUCAGGUGCUGCUGCCUCUCCUGAAGAGCGACCUGUACGAGGUCAUCUUGAACACGCUGAACGGUAAACUGGUCUCCAGCGCCCCCGUGUGGCACCAGGACAGCUCUGCAGUCACCGUGGUCAUGGCCAGCGCUGGUUACCCCGGCUCCUACAAGAAAGGAGUGGAGAUCACAG